GAUAUAUAUCAAUUUCGAAAAUUUGAAAAUUUCUGCUGUUAGUUGACCUUACCUGAUAUCGUCUUUUACAUGGAUUAUUUAACAAAUAUCAUAUUAUAUCUUAGCUUUUCUGGUGGUUUUUUAUUAUGCUAUUGUCUACGUCAUACCAUGAUGGGACAAGUUUUAAAAUUUCUACUUUUGAAACCAGUGUCCGUAAUUUGGAUAACUAUGCCAUUUGCGAUCAGAAAAAUGAUUUCCGAAACAAUCAUUUGGUUCUUAUUUGAGAGGCAUUGUGUCUAUCAAUUCGUUUAUCUAAGCUGUAUUAUUUUUGGACAUUAUAUAUUGAUAAUGGAUGUUAUAACUGUACUCUAUCGAUAUUCCUGGUUAGAGAAUAAUCUGUUUCUUGGAUCUGGAUGUUUAUUCCUUAAUGGUCUGUUAUAUAUGUUGUUGUGUUUUAGUGAUCCAGGUUUUAUAACAUCACGAAAUAAAUCAGUUUAUGCACAUAUUUAUGAAUAUGAUAAUUUUAUUUAUUCACCUAAACAAUGCACAAUAUGCUGUCAUAUCAUUCCAGCUAGAUCUAAACAUUGCUCUCGAUGUGACCGUUGCAUAUUUCGAUUUGAUCAUCACUGUGUUUGGACAAAUUGUUGUAUUGGUGGUCAAAAUCAUGGGCUUUUCAUAACAUUUCUAUUCUCUUUAUGUUUUAUGAUUGCCAAUGCAUUGUGGUUAAAUUGUCGUAUGCUUUAUUUAUUCUCUGUUCAUGAAAAUUUAUGGCAAGCUCAUUACUUGGAUGAAUAUGACCAAAUGCACCCAAUGGAUUGGUUAACAUUAUUACAACACUUGUUCAUGACAUUUCCUCGUGUUAUAGGGUUGACUGGCAUAUUAAUUGUAGUUGUAAUGUUAUUAAUUAAUUAUUUAACAUUUCAUAUUUGGCUUAUUUUGAUCAAUUGUACAUCAUAUGAAUAUUUUCAAGGGAAGAAGCUGAUUACUAGUGAAAAUUGUUCAAUUAACUAUGAUGAUGAUGAUAAUGAUGACAAGGAGAAGAAUAGAAAGAUAAUAAACAAAAAGCGUCAUUUCCUUUCUACUUCAUUAUUUGACAGCAAGAUGGUGAUGAUGAUGACGGAAAGAACAAUGAUGCCUUCUACCGUAAACCGACAAUUAAAGUCGAACCAUAGAUUAAGUGGACAAAAUCCAACUAGUACAUGUCAUAAUUAUCGAAAUUUCUACAAUAAAGGUAUUAGAAAUAAUUUAUUGGAAAUGUAUACGCAAAGUACAUCAUAUUCAUUACGGGAGUUGAAACAUCGUUUACCUGUACAGUUGGCAUUUAAAACUCGUUAAAUUUCUUCCUUUCAACUGAUAGAUGUUUUUUUACGAAAGCCGUUGAUCUUUAAUUUAUUUUUAGUGUAACUGUAUUUUCUCAAUUCUGUUUGAUUGAAGUCAAUGAUAUUCAUGUUGCCUAACUGACGGUAACAGUGCUUCCUAGAAACAUGGACUGACAAAUGAUUGGUAUCCUUAUCGCUAACUGGAGUCUUUGAAUGUUUAGCGACCGAUGGGCAUCACUUAUUUGCACAUUCUAAUGUCUGUUGUAUUAUGUUAUUUGAUAAUCAUGUCUUAUAAGUUUAAGUGAUAUUAAUAUAAUUAAAUAGCUUAAAUGCAAUACUUCUGUACGUAAUGUGAGUGAAUGUACUGUUGUUUUUUCAAAUCAAUAUUCUUACUCUUUGCAGUUUUAUGAAGGUAUCUCUGUGUAUGAAAUUAUAGGUUUUAUUGAAUGCGGUUUUACGAGAGUGAAUAAAAUAAUCCUGUAGUCUCAUAUACAUAUUGUUGAAAUAGUUUGUCGGUAUUAAUAAAUUUCAAUAAAUGUAAAUAAAUCAGUGGGAUAAUUCCUGAAUAAUAAUUGAUAUUCCCCA